CAGGGCCUGGGAAGGGGCGGCAGCCUAGUGCUUUAUAGUGGCUGCCUCGGAGGAGGGCUGGAAGGUUGGGACAUUCUUGCCGCCCUAGAGUGGAGGAGAAGGUCUGCGAGCUUUGGGAGAAGGGGAGGACAGACUGGAGGCGUAUUCCUCCGGAGUUUUCUUUUUCUUGCGAACCCUCGCGCGCGCGCGCGCGGACAGUCAUCCUUUUGGUCUGGCGACUGCGGGCGGGAGGUGGAGAGGUUCCAUCCCACCCGGUGGCCGGAGGCUGGCGGCUCGGGGAGGACCUCCCCGGGAAAGGAGAAGCCGUGCCCAGGAAGUUUCCCGAAGCGGAGGCAGCGGUGCAGCCCGGGCGGCCGCCGCCGCGCCGGAGCCAGAGACACUCGCCACCCACCGACGCCGGCUCGGCUUCCUCUAGCCCGGGCGCCGCGCGCGGACCGGGCAGCCGUCUGCGCCCGCCGAGCUCCACGGUGGGGAGAAAAAAAAAAGGAGGGUGUAAACGUGACAGAAUAAGAGAUUUCCUCAGAUUUGCAUCAAGAUGGAAACCUUCUGCUUCAGGGUGUCCUUUUGGGUGGCCCUGUUGGGAUGCGUAAUCAGUGAUAACCCUGAGAGCCACAGCACAAAUCUGAGCACUCACGUGGACGAUUUCACCACAUUUCGUGGAACAGAAUUCAGUUUGGUGGUUACCACUCAUCAACCCACGAAUCUGGCCCUCCCCAGCAAUGGCUCCAUGCACAACUACUGCCCACAGCAGACCAAGAUUACUUCAGCUUUCAAAUACAUUAACACUGUGAUAUCGUGUACUAUUUUCAUCGUGGGAAUGGUGGGGAAUGCAACCCUGCUCAGGAUCAUUUACCAGAACAAGUGCAUGAGGAACGGCCCCAACGCGCUGAUAGCCAGCCUUGCCCUUGGAGACCUCAUCUAUGUGGUCAUUGAUCUCCCUAUCAAUGUAUUUAAGCUGCUGGCUGGGCGCUGGCCCUUUGAGAACCAUGACUUUGGCGUAUUUCUCUGCAAGUUGUUCCCCUUUUUGCAGAAGUCCUCAGUGGGGAUCACCGUCCUCAAUCUCUGCGCUCUCAGUGUUGACAGGUACAGAGCAGUUGCCUCCUGGAGUCGUGUUCAGGGAAUCGGGAUUCCAUUGGUCACAGCCAUUGAGAUUGUCUCCAUCUGGAUCCUUUCUUUUAUCCUGGCCAUCCCUGAAGCAAUCGGCUUUGUCAUGGUGCCCUUUGAAUACAAGGGCGAAGAGCACAAAACCUGUAUGCUCAAUGCCACGUCAAAAUUCAUGGAGUUCUAUCAAGACGUAAAAGACUGGUGGCUGUUCGGGUUCUACUUCUGCAUGCCCCUGGUGUGUACUGCCAUCUUCUACACUCUCAUGACUUGUGAGAUGUUAAACAGAAGAAAUGGAAGCCUGAGAAUUGCCCUCAGUGAACACCUGAAACAGCGUCGAGAGGUGGCAAAAACAGUGUUCUGCCUGGUUGUAAUUUUCGCUCUGUGCUGGUUCCCUCUUCAUUUAAGCCGUAUUUUGAAGAAAACCGUGUAUGAUGAGAUGGACAAGAACCGAUGUGAAUUACUUAGUUUCCUGCUCCUCAUGGACUAUAUUGGUAUUAACUUGGCAACCAUGAACUCAUGUAUAAACCCAAUAGCUCUAUAUUUUGUGAGCAAGAAAUUUAAAAAUUGUUUCCAGUCUUGCCUCUGCUGCUGCUGUUACCAGUCCAAAAGUCUGAUGACCUCAGUCCCCAUGAAUGGAACAAGCAUCCAGUGGAAGAACCAUGAACAAAACAACCAUAACACUGAGAGGAGCAGCCACAAGGACAGUAUAAACUAAAUCUCUAAAGGAACAUUCAUCCAUGUACAUCAAACCUUAUUGGAGGGGAAAAAAAAAUCACACAGCAACUGUGUCUCUGGAAAUCUCUCCUUCCAUCCUUCUCCCAUGAUCAGUCCCAGCUUCAGAAAAAUACUUUCCAAAACAAUGAAGGUUGACUGGCUUAUACCUACAAAUUCAACAAAUCUUAUUACUUCUUUGAUGUAUCUAAUUUACAUACUCUGCAUGUUAUAUUCAGCCCUAAAACAAUGGUGAUGGUGGAUGUCAGCAAGGGGAAGGGAGAUUACUCUGUUAAACCAGAAGAUUAUUUACUACCGUUGCAUGAAAAUAGAGUUUUUGAGUACAUGGCUAGCUUUACAUGGUGGUUCUGUAGAAUGUUCAGUAAGAACUGGUCACCAUGAAAAGCUUGGAAAUUAUGACAAGGUUUACUAUUUUUUAAAGUAAUUUUGGUUCUUUGGCCAAACACAGUGUGGCUUUAGGUCUCCUUUAUUUGAAAUGUCAUUUAGUGCCAGUAUUUUUUAACUGCAUAGUAGCCUCAAAAUGAUCAUUUGAGCUUAUUUAUACAUAUUAUAUCCCCCAAAAAGAAGUAAAAUAGAAUUCAGGUAAGCAAUGAUGUUAAUGUAUUUAAUGUCAGUUGCUUAUUUUUAAAAAAAUAAAUUCUCAAGCUGCAAUAAAUACAAGAACUUAAAUCACAGGCUGAUAUCCACAUAUGGCAGUUUAAUAGCUGCUAUUCAAAACAUUUUUAAGAAACUCUAUUCUCUUUUUUAAUGGUGUUUCAUUACAGAUCUUGUGCAUAUUUUUAUGUUAAGUUUUAAAAUAAUUCUUGAAUAAAAUAGUUCUAUUUUUCACAAGCCUUUUUUUUGGCUACACCCAUGACAUGUGGAAGUUCCCAGGCUGGGGGUCAUAUCCAAGCUGCAGCUGCGACCUACACCACAGCUGCAGCAAUGCCAGAUCCUUAACCCACUGUGCCACAGCAGGAACUCCACAAGCCCAAUUUUUUCAGUGGAAGCAUUUUCUGUAAAAUCAAUACUAUCUACUAAAUUAAAUGCAUGUGUCAUUUAAGUAUGCCUAAGACUUUCAGUGCAAUGCACAACACAACCAGGAGAAAAGGAUUGAGUAUUUUUAGAAGAUUUGGAAAUUUCCACUGAGGUUUUCUUUUUUGGUAAUGAUAAGAUGUGUAUGUAUAUAUGUAUACAUAUAUAUACAUAUACACAUAUCACCUUAUAUUCUCUUUAUUUUUUCAUAUUCUCUUGAUUGCUUUUAAAAUGUUAACUGGCAGUAAGACUUUUUUUGGUCAUUCCCUUUUCCACAAAGGAAUUUAGGAAAUAUAAUGUCAAAGCAGCCAGCCAAGUUUAUCAUGUCAGCGAAAUGUAAUUAUCCCCAGAUGCCACCGUGAACUUAAGGUUCUUCACUCCUCUGGGUUUCCAGGAUGAACCUAAACACCUCCCCCACCCCCACUCCUCACGUGGUCACCAUUUCAAAAGGCCCACAGUGACUUCUGCUGGGCAUUUUCCACGAUGUUUACAGACUGUGAGUACAGCAGAAUCUUUUACUGUGUGUAUAUAAAUAUAUAUAUAAACAACUGUACAUUUCUUUUAGCCAGUUUUUCUGUGAUUGUCUCUGUGUUGGUGCGUGUGGUAUAUGCAUGCUGUGGCUGGUGUGUGUGGACUUAAAAGUGACCUGAUAUUUCCGCCCUGUAGUUGUGCCAAAGCACACACCCUAAGUGGAAUCUAAGUGCUGGUUCCUGACGACCACCGGCCUCAGUCAGUUUUACUCUGUCUCUGUUAAUAAAUUUUGUGACCAUGUUACCAGUACAAACGGCAUAUUGGAGGCAGCACAGAAAGGGACAAGCAAUGGGUUGGCAACGGGGUUUUGUUUGGUUGGUUUGUUGGCUGGCUGGUUUGAAAAAAGCAGUAUUUGGUGUUGUGUUUUUCCCUGUGCCGGAGCAAAAGUCAUUAAAGUUGGAGGUCUUA